UAUAUUUAAAUAGCGCUCAUAUCUUUAAAAUGAGUCUAUAUGGAGUGAAUGGAACUAAUUUUAGUUCUUGGUGUAUUCGGAAAUGCCGUCCAGUUUACUGCUUAAUUUGAUCGAGUACAUUAUUUAUUUUGAUUUAAUACAAAGUGUUGCAAUGUUGUUGACUUCGACGUUCCGUUUAGGGUUGAAGAGCUGCCGGGUUUUCUCACGAGCUGUCCCUCAGAUGCCAAAUUUUGAAUAUCAACCCAAAAAGUAUUUGGGCCCAAGCUAUGAGAAAAUGCAAAAUAUAUGGGCAACCAACAUUAUAAGUGCCUUUGCACCACACUUCAAAGAACCACUUCUCAUCCAUGAUGGAAAAAUGCAAUGGCUGUUUGAUCAUACUGGAAGAAGAUACCUUGACAUGUUUGGAGGCAUAGUCACUGUCAGUGUGGGGCACUGUCACCCGAAGGUCUCAGAGGCAGCUGCACAACAACUGAAUACACUGUGGCACACUACAAAUAUUUACUUGAACCCAAAAUUGCAUGAAUAUGCCGCAAAACUUACUUCCAAACUUCCUGAUGAUUUAAAGGUUGUUUACUUCGUGAACAGUGGGUCAGAAGCAAAUGACUUUGCUGUAUUUCUGGCCCGAUUACAUACCAAAAACUCUGAUAUAAUUUCUUUACGAAAUGCUUAUCAUGGAAUGAGCUAUGUAACAAUGGCUCUCACUGCACAAUCUUCUUGGAGAAAUUCUCUUCCAUUGGCUCCUGGUUUUCAUCAUACCAUGAACCCGGACGUUUACCAAGGAUUGUGGGGAGGCUCCCACUGUCGUGAUUCACCUGUCCAAACCACUCGUCACUGUGACUGCAAACCAGAUGAAUGUAAUGCUUGUGAUAUGUACUAUGGACAACUGGAGGAAAUCUUCAAGUACUCUCUCCGUGCUGGUAACCUAGCUGGCUUCUUCACAGAAACUAUUCAGGGUAUUGGUGGAGUUGUUCAGUUUCCAAAGGGAUUUUUGAAAAAGGCCUAUGAACUUGUGAGGACGAAUGGUGGUGUUUGCAUUGCUGAUGAGGUACAGACAGGUUUUGGACGCACUGGAGAACAUUUCUGGGGAUUUGAAAUGCAUGAUGUGAUACCAGAUAUUGUCACCAUGGCAAAGGGGAUUUGUAAUGGCCUUCCCAUGGCCGCUGUUGUCACAACACCUGCUCUUGCACAGUCACUGAAAGGGGCAUAUUAUUUCAACACAUUUGGAGGUAAUCCAGUGUCCUGUGCUGCAGGGCUGACGGUAUUAAACGUGAUUGAAGAAGAAAAGAUUCAGGAAAAUGCCCAUGUUGUCGGAACACAUCUUCUAAAGAAACUUGCAAAGUUGAGAGACCAGUUUGAAUGUAUAGGAGAUGUUAGAGGAAAGGGACUGAUGAUUGGAGUUGAAAUGGUUACUGAUAAGGAGACCAGAACUCCUCUUCCAAGCAACCACUUUGUGGACAUCUGGGAUGACUGUAAAAAUAUGGGUGUUCUUAUUGGUCGAGGAGGACUAUACCACAAUGUAUUCCGAAUGACACCACCAAUGUGCGUCACCAGAGAAGAUGUUGAUUUUGCAGUUGGUGUGUUUGAAGCAGCAAUUCAGAAGCAUCAGAAGGUAUUUAUGAAGUAGGCACAACAAAUCUGCAGUGAAAGCAAGAUAUUACCAUUUUAUGUACCCUGAUAACUUUUAAACGAACUGAUGGAUUCUGAUGAAUCUUGGUAUGAAUAUAGAACUCUCUAAUGCACUUCACUUUAUAUGUUUUGCCUCCAAUGUGGCUGUGUGAAUUUCUAAGGUUAGAGUAAAUCUAGCACCAGUUAAUAUACAGCCCUGAAACUUUUGUGUGAUUCAGUUCCUUGAUAAGUAUACAAUCUUUAUCUAGAUAAUUGCUCCCAACACCCUGGGGGAGGGGUUAGAAUGUAGAAUAAGAAUAUGAAGGCCCCACAAAAUUUAUAUUUUGCUUUCUGUUUGAUAGUAAUAAUUAAUGAACCAGUGGAGGCCAGCAUAUGAAAUUUUGUAAUGACAUUGUAACUGUAAGUUCUGUAUGAAUACAGAAUACCUUUCUUUCACAUCUCAACAAUUACAAAUAUAGCAGUGGUGCAAAACUGA